ACCUGAGGAGAGGGGAGACGGUGGUGGAAGUGUAUGAUUUGGAGGAACAGGACCUCGAUGGGAAGAGCUCGGGGAGAGGCACUGCGUGGGAAGGGCUCUCCCUCUCCUUCUCGGACGUGGAGGACUUGCAGAUAAUAAAUCUAGACGAGAGGGGAGAGAGUGAUAAAGAGGAAGAAAAGUUCGGCAGGAAGAGGACCUCGAAUGGGGACGAGCGGAAGCCCAGGAAGAGGGUUCACAAGCCCUUCCUGCGAGAAAACACGCAGAUCGAAAUCCUCGACACGUCCUCGAACGUCUCGAGUAGCUUCUCAAAACCCGUGGACCAGGGACCAAGUUUGCCAGAUAGCAUAGAAAUAGAAGACCUCGGCAAAGGCCAAGAGGAAAAAGAGGGAGAGGACGAAGCCAGUGAAACGGUGAAAACUAGUGACGUGAAAAAGGCGAACAAAGACGCCCCGCAGGAGAAUAAAAGCACAAUCGUCGUAGAGGAUGACUCCGCCGCAAAGGCAGGCACAAACCCGAGUCCGGAGAUCCGGAUCCAAGGUAAUCCGACCAUUAGUCUCUCCCAAGAACCCGAGUUGCCCGACGCUGAAAAGGAGUCGACCCCUUCGAACAUUUCCCUCGCGCCGGCCCAAGAGCACGCUUCCCCCACAAAGAGGUUUGUCUCGAAAUCCUUCAGCGAUGGGACCAUCAUCACCGACCCUUCAAAACUGCGCUUGUUUCAGCCACUGGAUACUCGAGUGUCCCGGAGAGGCAUCCCCUCGAGGAUCGACAUCCAGGAGGACAUUCCCGAAGAUCCCGAGGAUGAGAGUCAAAGGGAAGCAAGGAUGCGGAUGAAGAUGGAACGUCUGGACUCCAGGACCCAGCUGAAGGACACUCUCGCCGUGCCUGGCGAGCGUCGUGCCAGCAGGAGCCUGGAGGGCCGUGUCCGAAUUUCCCGCAGAGGAUCUCUGGCCAGGGAGGAGCGGACGAUGUCCUCAAUGCCCUCGAGCCCUGAGGACGAGGAGGACACGCAGAGAGAGCCCAAGAUCCAGGGCAACGUCACGCCGGGGAAGGAGAAGCCAGGAGGUGAUAUGGACAGUCUCCAAGUCAUCACGACCCCGCUGUCCGGACGCCAUUCGCUCGGGGACCAUCGAGUGGUCGACCGAACGAGUUCAACGCGUGAGGCUGAUCCUAGUGGCUUAAUUUUCAAACGUGGACAUGUGUAUCAUGGAGUUUACUUCCCAACUCUUACAAACAGCUUUCGGGAUCAACAGCUCGAGGUGGCCUACCAGCGUUACUCUCACCGCCAGCGCCAGAAGUCACUCAUCAUGGUCAAUGGCGUUGAUCUCGUGCUUAAAGUGGUUCUUCUCAUUAUUUUCCUCGUGAACAGCACGGGGGACCCCAACGACCAUGCUGUGGCCAUUACCUAUUCGGUGAGCUGGAUGGUCGUGAACCUGAUCCUGUGCGUCCUGUCUUGGUGGAGAUGCUUUGCCAACAACUACCUCCACUGGGGAGCUCUUUGUACCUGGCUCGUUCUCAACAUUCAAGGCUGCAUAUCCCAAGUGCUGUGCAGCGGGACAGAAAAUUUCAUGUGGUAUUUGCUGUUUAUCGUCUUCGUCACAUACUCUAUGUUGCCGCUGCCUCUCCGCUGGGGUAUGUUGGCUGGGUCUCUCACAGCCCUCAUUCACCUUAUAAUCACUCUCAUUAUCAUACAAACGAGUUACAACAGCAACUGCGCCGGCCAGUGCAUUAUGGCUAACCUUACGUUGUACUUCGCCAUCAACUUCGCCGGCAUGUACACCAAGUACCUCACGGACCGGACACAGCGGAAGGCCUUUUUGGAGACGCGAAAAUCCAUGGAAAUGAGAUGCAGGACACAGAGGGAGAAUGAGAGACAGGAAAAGCUGCUGUUGUCGGUGCUACCCCGCUUCGUGGCGCUCGAGAUGAUCCGGGACAUCGCCAGAGAGGACGAGCGAGGCGAGUUCCAGCCCUCACAGUUCCACAAGAUCUACAUUCAUCGCUACGAGAACGUGUCCAUCCUCUUCGCCGAUAUCAAAGGAUUCACAGAGUUUGUGUACUUGGAACAGGAAGAGCCUGGGCUAAACCUACAUCUCAUCAAGCUGAAUUGCCUUACGUUAAUGUGGUCAGAGGGCAUCGUUUCUGACUUAGCUUAUCCUUCGUGGCAGUACACACUCUUACUGAGGGAAGUGGUGCUUGAAGAGAAAGAGGAUGGUCUACGCGCCAAUUUGCUCUAUAGUGUAUCAAUGUGCCCGAUGGGACACCCUCAUGGUCUGAGGACUUCAACAGUCCUGGCACUGACAGGGAUUGGAUACCGCUAUGCAUCUUCCCUAUGGCUCUGUUACUAG